AUGGAGACCCAAGUACGACACCCACGCAAGCACAUCUACAGCACAACGCGUGCAAGCAUCCCCCCACCCUGCUCCCCGAGACUCCGUGCUCCCUGCAACGCGGGGCGAGGCCAAGCCCCUGACGCAUGCGCACCUCAAAAAAGAAGACCCUCCCAAACUGCGAGCCGCAGUUCCAGUCCCGCCGAGGAGAGAGUAGGAGCUCCCAGCCCAGAGUCUGCAGAAGCGCACAGCCCCAUCCACAGCACUGACGGCAUGGAGCCACUGGACAGGUCCAGCCAGGGUAUCACCAGCAUGUUCAGUCCUGAAGUCGACGAGGAAGAAAUACUACAGGGUCUGGAGGCUGCGGUGCUGUCUCUUAUUGAAGAGUCCGAUGAGGAGGAAGGGGAGACACAGCCCAAACCUGAGCAAGGCACAGCAGCAGCCGCACAAAAGUCGGCAGGAGCCUAUGGCGGAGAAGAAAAUGUAGGUGGCGGCAUUAGCGCAGGAGCUCCUGGCCCCCUAAAAGACGAAAACCACGAGGGCAUCGGCGGCAGCAAUGGCGGCGGUGAGCACAGCGAGGACAACAACAGGGAACCCAGACAGGAGCCGCCUCCCCAGGGUGCCAGCUCGGGACUGGAGCCUGAUAACAGGCAGCGGCCUUUCGUCCAGAGCUUCACUGCAUCCCAGCGGCGGGAGCUGGAAGGCAUUUUCCGGCGCUCUCAGUUCCCCGGCGAGUUCCUACGAAACGAGCUUGCAAGACGCAUGAAUGUGACUGAAGUCGCAGUGCAGAUUUGGUUUGAGAAUAGAAGAGCCCGCUGGAGGAGACGUCAGAGGGCAUUAAGAUUGAGAAACAUGUCGCGCCCCAUGCACACGAGCCAGCUUGUCAUGGUACCCGUGGUUAUCCCCUAUAAUGCCAUCCUUAUCCAGGAGUGGGAUGGAAGAUGGUUUUUUCUGCAGCCACAGCUAUUCGGGCAGCCUGUGCUCCCCAUGACACCUUUUUCUCCUCUUUUCUUUUCUCCUUCACCCUUGCUUAAUCCACCUAUGCCUUACCCUGUCCAGGCCCAAUUUGUCCCAUUCUCUUUUGUUUUUGUCCAUUUCUUCGCAUUCUCCAUUGUCUAAGGGAUAGUCUCUGUGCCACUUCUUGCCAGUGUCUUUGAGCCAGAUUCAUAUUUUGCAUAGCACACCAUCAAGAGCUCACCAAAUAUCUGUUAAAUAUAUUAACAAAAAGUACAAGUACAUUGACCC